CUUCACAGUCCACGUUGUGGCGUAGCGAGAGACGUCCAGCGGGCUUGGGCCCCUGGCGACGCCCCGAGGCAGAGCCCUGCCGACACGCGCCUCCCAGCCUGCUCUCCCGCCCCGUUCACACACCGCCCGCCUCAUUGCCACCUUGAGACCACGCACAGCCCCGCCGAGACAGCACGAUCUCCCGCAGUCACACACGAGCUGCACGCGAUUCGGCAGCCAGACGCCCCUCCCGCGCCCCCCAGACCAGCCUGAAGCCUUGAUAGGCCUCCCCGCCAGAGCAGCCGAGCGCAUGCGCGCCGCUGCCUGCGCAGCACCCCGCACCACCCCCUCCCCGCACCCCUCCCGCAGCCCCCGCAGCAGCGCCCGCGCCAGCCAUGGCCUCGGCAGCAGUGGACGCGCACGCCACCGUGACGGUGAAGCAGCACGGCUUCCACGUCAAGCAGCCGUUCCACGCCGCGGCGGCGGGCUUUGGCAGCGGGGCUGACCUCUCCCUCGAGCUCGGCUCCCUGCCCUCGCCCGGCGGCGCCUCGUCGCCGUCCGUCGCGAGGAGGGCGGCGCCCGCGGCCUGCUCAACUUCGCCACACCCUGCCCGGCGGCGGCGCUGCCCUCGGCCGCGGGACUGUCGCUGGCGCCCGCCGCCAGCGCCUGCCUGCAGCCUGCGGAGCACGCGCACCUGACGCCGGGCGUGAAGCGGCUGAUGAAGGGCGUGGUGCGGGGCCUCAAGGCCCUCCAGGAGCCCGAGGCGGCGACGGAGGGCCUGGGCGGCACCUACUUCUUCACAAACGAGGCGGGGCAGAAGAUUGCCAUCAUGAAGCCGUGCGACGAGGAGCCGCUGGCGCCCAACAACCCCAAGGGCUUUGUGGGGCGCGCGCUGGGCGAGCCGGGCCUCAAGCCCACCGUGAGGGUGGGCGAGGCCGCCUCCCGAGAGGUCGCCGCCUACCUGCUUGACCACGACCGCUUUGCGCGGGUGCCUCACACCGUGAUGGUGAAAAUGACGCACCCCGUCUUCCAUGUACAACAGCAGCAGCAGGCGGGCGCGGCGGGCGGCGAGGCCGGCGGUGCGGCCGGCGAGGGCGGCGGCGACGAUAAUUAUGGCUUGCCGCCCUGCAAGCUGGGCUCGCUGCAGCAGUUUGUGCCGCACGACUGCGACACCUCGGAGAUGGGCGCCUCGCGCUUCAGCGUGCGCGACGUGCAGCGCAUCGGCAUCCUCGACCUGCGCCUCUUCAACACCGACCGCCACGCGGGCAACAUGCUGGUGCGGCGCCCGCGCUCCUCGCCCUCGCUGCAGCGCAUGGACGGCGCGGCGCUGCUGGAGCUGCAGCAGUACGAGCUGGUCCCCAUCGACCACGGCUUUGCGCUGCCAGAGGCGCUGGAGCCGCCCUACUUCGAGUGGCAGCACUGGCCGCAGGCCAUGCUGCCGUUUGGUCGCGAGGAGCUGGAGUACAUUGCGGCGCUGGACGCGCGCGCCGACAUCCAGAUGCUCCGCCAGGAGGUGCCCUCCCUGCGCCUCGAAUCGCUGCGCGUGCUCGAGGUGUGCACCACGCUUCUCCAGGCGUGCGCGGGCGCGGGGCUGACGCUGGCGGAGAUUGCGGGGGUGGUCACGCGGCCGCUGAUUGGCAUGGAGGAGGAGCCUUCGGAGCUGGAGCGCAUCUGCUUCAACGCGCGGGCCGAGGUGGAAGAGAUCAGCGACAGCGACAUUGAGGAGGCGGAGGAGGAGGGGCUGCUGGGGGAGGACUCGGAGGGUGAGCGAGGCUGCCUAGCGCUGCUGGCGAGGCUCAUGUGCAUGGACGAGGACGGCGGCAGCCGCACCCCUCCCCGCGCACGCUCCCCCGACGGCCUGUCCGCCCGCCUGCCCCCCUCACGCUUUGCGGCCGAGGCGGGCAAGGCGUCGGCGGCGCCGCCCGUCACCCCCAAGGCCGCCGGCCUGGCCGUCAGCUUUGUGUCCCCCUUGAGCGCCGGCGCCGAGGACUCCCUGCCCGCCUCCUUCGACUCCCUCACCCUGCACGGCUCGGGCGCCAGCGAGGCGAUGAGCGGUGGCGAGACGUGCGCCAUGUCGGGCGCCGCCGCCUCCACCUUCUGCCGCGCCUCCUCCUUUGCCCCCUCCCGCUCCGCCUGCCGCGCCGGCUCCGCGGGCGGCUCCGGCUCCGGCGCCGGCGCCGGCCAGCGCCGCGCCGCGCGCAAGACGCGCAGCCGCCGCAAGCUGGCCAUCGGCAGCCGCCUGCUCAAGCUGACCACGCAGAAUUACCCGCCGCUGGUGGAGGCGCGCGCCGGCGGCGCCCCCUCCAUGUCCGCCCUCGCCGUCUUCCGCGACCUCAGCGAGGAGCAGUGGGAGCGGUUCAUGUGCGCCGUGCGGUACCAGGUGGCCCGCAAGCUGCGGGACGGCGUCUGGAAGCAGGCGCAGCCCACCAAGGCGGUACCGCUCAUGUCCUGCCCCCGCUUCUGAGCCAGCCCGCGUCUGAGCAGGCGCGGGCCGGCAGCCCGCCUCGCCGCCGCCUGGGCCGGCCCCCGACCGACCGCCCUACCCCCCUUCCUUAUACCCGUACACCCUCCCUUGACCUUUGCCCUGCCGGGCCCUCAGAACGGCCGCCCCGGCCCGCGGAGCUUGUACCCACCCCUCUUGGUCUGUGCGGGGAUUGUUCUGACCUGGUUUGUUGUGGAGCCGGAUCGAUGCCCCGGCGGGGCGGCGCCGCGCCGCCCUGGCCACCGCAAAGAUGGUCCCCUUAACCCAUGACCCUCCCCCUCCAUGUGCCCCGCUUUGGACGUGUCCCUUAUUGACCUCAUUUUCGCCGUCUUCUUUCGGUCCCUUUGCUAUACCCACCGCCCCUCGCCUCGCCGCCGCGUUGCCCGGUUGCACCUGGGCGCAGCCCCAGCCAGCCGCCCCGCGCCCGCAGCCAGCCGCCGCUGUAUGCAUACUUGCCACCCCCCCAACCCCCGCGCCUGCUGCCUGCGCUGCUGGCAGGCCUGGCGCUGCUGCUCCAGGGCAGAGCCCCCUCCCGCGCCAGGGAGGGGGCCGGGCAGCCCUCUCCCCGCUCCUCCGCACUGUAGUCUCCUUCCCCUUUGCACCACUCGACCACCGGGCAUGCCCUCCCCCCCGCCUUUUUCCCGUCCUGCCCUCUUGUUCCAACACUACAACUCCUGUUCAGCCUGCACUUCCUUCUUUGUGUUUUCGCACAGCACCGACCCCACACCACCCGCAACAGCCGAGCCCCAUUGCAGCCGAAUUUUUCUCGCCUUGGUCUGCGUGCCCCCAGUCCCUCGUCCCCGUGCCCUCGUGCCACAAACGUCAGCAGUGUCGCUUUCAUUGCGCCCUCUCUCAACCUUUCUCUCCUCUAUGGGAUGUAAGGCACUGGCCAGUA